CUCAGUCGACCUUCACCUUUUUUGACCCUGUACAGAGUAUACAAUUUCAAUUUCUUAAAGUUUGGAUUUGUGAAUAACAAGGAAAAUGACAGCAAAAGUUGAUAAAACAAAGCGUAUAGGAAGAUUUUAUUUCGGGGGGAUAGCCAGUGCCAUGGCAGCAUGUUGUACUCAUCCUUUAGAUUUGUUGAAGGUACACAUGCAGACCCAACAGGGUCAGAUCAGUAUAUUCCUCAUGGCCAAAAGAUUGUACAAGUCAGAUGGUGUACUAGGUUUCUACAAUGGUCUAUCAGCCUCUGUACUUAGACAGCUAACAUAUUCGAUGACAAGAUUUUCUGUUUAUGAUGUUGGCCGUAAAGCAUUAACCAAAGAUGGACGGCACAUGCCAUUUUACGAGAAAGUACUGUUAGCUGGAACUGCCGGUGCAAUGGGAGGGUUUGUCGGAACUCCACCUGAUAUGGUCAAUGUUCGGAUGCAGAAUGAUGUGAAGUUACCUCCAGAGCAAAGAAGAAAUUACAAACAUGCACUAGAUGGUUUAUAUAGAGUGUUUAAAGAGGAAGGACCAAUUAAGAUGUUUAACGGCGCUACAAUGGCCACGUCCCGUGCUGUUCUUGUCACCGUUGGACAACUUGCAUUCUAUGAUCAGAUAAAGGGAAUGUUACUGGGAAGUGUAAUGUUCAAAAAAGACAAUGAAAUUUUACAUUUUACCUCAAGUUUCUGUGCUGGAGGUAUAGCCACGCUGCUCACAAUGCCGUUAGAUGUGAUGAAAACUAGAAUGAUGAACGCCCCGACUGGAAAAUACAAGAACAUAUUAGCUUGUGCUGUGGAUAUAGGAAAAAAUGGACCUCUAGGAUUUUUCAAGGGAUUUAUGCCUGCAUUCGUUCGACUGGGUCCACACACUAUAUUGACUUUCAUGUUCCUAGAACAGAUCAGAAUGCACUUCGGCGAUGAUCCAGAACCAGCUGCUAGCUCAUAGAACAUAGGAAUAUUUCAAAUUUGCAUCCACAGUUUUACAGUGCCCACCGUUACCAAAGUGUGGUUGUGUAUAACAUAUAGUGGUAUGAAUCUGUUUUGGGGAUAUUAAAUUGAUUACAGUUUGAAUUUUACUGGGGGUAUGAGGACAGAAUAUCUUGUGUUGCUGUACCGAGGUGAUACUGUCAGAAAUGAAAUUUUAGAGAGAAUUAGAUUUCAAUAUGCGUAUAUGUACACAUAUAUGUAGUCAUUGAUAUUUCAGUGUGUGUAUUUAUACGCAUAUGUGUAGUUGUUGAUAUUUGAAUAUGUGUAAGCAAACUUACAAUAAUAAUGAUGAGCAUUAGGUCAAAUUGUCCAGUGAAUUCUUCAAGUGUUUUGCCUAACCUUUAGCAUGCUAGAUAAAUUGACGUCUGCUGGAAAUGUCGUCUGCUAAAAUUGUAAAGUUCAUUCAAUUUGCUCCAAAAUUGGAAGAAAUAUUGUUAGACUAGCAAACAGCUUGGAACCUGAUCAGACGCCGAUUUAAUUGGCGUCUGAUCUGGUUCCAAGCUGUUUGCAAAGGCUGUUAAAUACGCCUGCAGCAGGCUAAGGGUUAAAUGUACAAGGGUUUGAAGGACAGAAUGUGGUUUUAACAAGUACUUUAUAAACAUGUACAAGUUAUGUUACAACUUCAACAUUGUUAAUUUUAACACCACAGGUUCUUAUGAAAACACAUUUCCUCCACCAGAGCCUCCACCUCUUUGUUUAUCCUAAUGUUGUUUUAAGUUCCUGUUACUAAUAUUUAGCUUGAUAUAUCACAGCUGGUUUUACACUGCUGUCAUUUUAGUGGAUCAUAAGUAAUGAAAUGUGUUUUUAGCUUGCUUUAGUACAAAGUGUUCAUGGGAAACAUUUAGGAUCAUUGAAUGUCCUUCAUGAUUACUGUAGCUUAAAAGAGAAAAAUAUUUCAGUAGCAAAUUCACCUACAUUGGUGUUUUGAUUUAAAAUGAUUUCUCUCGAUGAUAUCUAUAAUAAUUGUUCAAACCUGCUGUAAAACUCAGGUGAGCGGUCAAAGGCCAUCAUGACCAUCUCAUUAUAGGAAGAGGAAUCAUGAUUAUUUUUAAUUGUCUUGUUUUAUAGUGUUAUUUUGUUAUAUUUAGAGGUGAUCUGCUCUCACUGCACUGUUUAUAUAGUAUGAAAGCUUUGAAUGGAAAAGUUUUACUUUUUUUAAAUAUUUACCAUGUGUUAUAUUUUCAUUGUUUUAUUGUUUUGGAUACAUUUUACUCCCUGUGUAUUUUUUUAAACAAAAUUACAUGCUGACAUUUAUUCUAAAUCUUUAUAGUUUCAGGAGUGAUCUCCCCUUUAUUAUGAGUUUUGUUACAUGGUGAUCUCCCCUACAUUUGUUUUAGUAUUGAAUUAUUAGUCAUGCUUUAGGAGUAGGUAUAUAUCACUGGUAUGUUUUAUUUGUGAUAUUGUGAAUUGUGAAACAUCCUGUAAUAGUUAUUUUGUCAUCAGCUGUAUACUCUGAAAUCAUUAAUUUCAUGGGGGACUGGUUUUCAUGGGGUACUAACUUUCAUGAGGAACCAAUUUUCAUGGGGGACUACUUUUCAUGGAUUUCAUGGUUGAAUUAAUCCACACAAAUUAAUUCAAACAAAACAGUAAAAUUCUUAUUUCUUUUAAAUUCAGGAGUUCAAAAUGCACAAGUUCAUGUCUCCAUGAAAUUUCGUGCCCACAUAGCUAAAUGAUUUCAAAGUACAAAAAUGUAUAGGAAAUAUAAUUUAAAAGUGAAUACUUUGCAAACUUUGUAAUCUCAGGGACAGGAAAUAAUACACUGAUCAUAAUUCCAUAGAAACAGUCUUGGAAGCCUUGAGAUGAUUGAUCAUUAUUGAUACAAGAUUGUGUACAGGCUAUUUAUCAUUUGCUAAUUCAAUGAAAUAGUUAGUUUGUGUUGAAAUUGUCAGUUUGUUCCAUGAUCUGUAUUUGAUGUAUACAAGUUAAUGUUGCUCAAACUUGUUCAUCUUCGUGAUAAAGUGCCAUUUUUAGAACAUUUUUAAAAAUAUUUCUCAAGUCAUGAGUUACAAAUGUUAUGGCCUAGUAUUAUAAAGUGUCUCUGUUUAUAAGGACAGUUAUCCAUUGUUAGAAAAAGCAGUCUGCUAAUGUUCAUCAAUAGGGAGAUGCACACACUCAUUUUACACAGAAACUUUUUUCCAUCCGGCCUGAUGAAAGGUACUUCCUUGUAAUACUGAGUAAAUAUACAAAUAUCCUUUUUAUUGAAAUAUCAGCCUUUUUAUUGUUCACCCAGUACUACAAAAAAAGUGAUUCAGAUUUUACAAAUAACCAUGGGACAUUCUUUUUCUGUUACUUUUUGAAAUAAUGUAGUAGUCAAAGUGUAUGAACAAUCAGUCAUAGGGUUUGUGUUGUAGAGAUAAUGUCCUUUAUUUUUCUUUUCAAGCUGAAACCAGAAGUAAUGUGGUACUUUACACCUGUGUAUAAUAGGUGUUACAAAUACCACAUGGUAGUCAUUGCUUGGGAAGACUUUAUGUAGGCAAGUGUUUUAGGAAGUGUUUAUAUGGAGUAUUUAUUUAUACACUGUUACUGGUAAUAGAACAUUCCUUUUCAAUAAAUGGUGCAGUAAUGUUGUAUUUUGUGUAGCUUGAAUACAACAUGUAAGUCUUUGAAACAACCAUGCAGUUUUAUGUUUUGGUUUUAAAGACCAACAUAUUUUUGUAAGUCCAGUAUGUACACUUUUUUUUAAGUUGUAGUUUUGGUCAAAUAAGCAAUGCUUAAAACAUUUGUAUUAGUAAUACUGUUGUAGGUUUUGCCUUUUUCAAAAGUACUUUUCAUCAGUACAUUUUUAUUAGCUCAUCUGAUUUUUUGAAAACAAAUGAUGAGUUAUUGUCAUCACUAGAUCGGUAUCGGCGUCGGCAUUGCCUGGUUAAGUUUUAUGUUUAGGUCAGCUUUUCUCCUAAACUAUUAAAGCUAUUGCUUUGAAACUUGCAACACUUGUUCACCAUCAUAAGCUGACCCUGUACAACAAGAAACAUAACUCCAUCCUGCUUUUUGCAAGAUUUAUGGCCCCUUUUGGACUUAGAAAAUAUCAGAUUUCUUGGUUAAGUUUUAUGUUUAGGUCAACUUUUUCUCUUAAACUAUCAAAGCUAUUGCUUUGAAACUUGUAACACUUGUUCACCAUCAUCAGCUGACCAUGUACUUCAAGAAACGUAACUGCAUCCUGCUUUUUGCAAUAAUUAUUGCCCCUUUUGGACUUAGAAAAUCAGUUUUCUUGGUUGAGUAUUAUGUUUAAGUCAGCUUUUCUCAUAAACUAUCAAAGCUAUUGCUUUAAAACUUGCAACAGUUUUUCACCAUCAUAAGCAGACGCUGUACAUCAAGAAACAUAACUCUAUCCUGCUUUUUGCAAGAAUGAUGGCCCUUUUUAGACUUAGAAAAUCAUGGGUAGGACAAUAUUUCUAUUUUACAAAAAAAAUCAGAUGAGCGUCAGCACCCGCAGGGCAGUGCUCUUGUUCUACAAUAAAACAGCCAAUACUUUCCAUCUCUUAGCAUACUCAGAGCUGUUCCAUCUAAAAGAUGUAUUUUCAUGGAUGCCACUUCUGAGAAAUGCAAAUCCAACUGUACAUGUAUACAUAUAAAGCUGGGCUGUUUUGUAAAUACUGGAAGGUUUAACCUCCAAGGUUACUUUAAUACAAUAUUUUAAAUGAAUGACAGUCCUGGUAUAAACAGUAGUAAUAAUUAGAACCAGUAGUCUUGUGUUAGAACACCUGCUUAAAGUGCGGGAGUUUGUAGUGUCAUUUCCUGCUGGGUCAUACCAAAGACAUUAAACAUGGUAUCAAUACCUCUCUUGUUUCAAGACUCGGCUUUAAAAGGGAAACUUGAGUCUCUUCUCUCCUCAUGGUGAUGGUAUACAUCAGGAAUGAUGUGUCAAGUGUGGUAAAUAAAUAAGUUGUAGAAAUUCUUUUACAGUCCACCUAGAAUAAAUUAGUAUAUAUUAAUAAUGAUUUAUUUUUAUUGAAUUAAUUUGUCCUUAUUUUUAAUGCUAAUGCAACCCAACAGUUUAAAAAAUAUAUUUUCGAUAUUUUAUGCUAACAUUUUUUGUUUGUUUCUGAACUGUAUAGCAGAGUACUGCCCACCUCCUUUCCAGUUCUGUCCCAGGCAUUCGCUCUGGUUAGAAAUGGUAAUUGUUCAGUUUCUCAAAGACAUAUGCAAAAAUUUACAUUAUUCUUUUUUUUAUUUCAGUAACAGAAUUUUUAUUUUCUUGAUGUUUUUAGACAUUCUUUGACUCGAUGACUUACUGAAUUUACAGUUACUGGGAACUUGAUGGUGGAAUUGUUUAUGUGCGUUUUCUUAACAUUGAUGUGGUCAGUAAAUGAAGAACCUACCAUCUCUAGUGCUUUAUUGCAUACAUCAUCUGUAUAAAUUGAGUCAUUAAAUAUAACCAGGAUUAAUGUGGUAUUGUAAAUAGUUUAUUUGUCGUAGACUUUAUUUUUACACAAAAGUUAUGAUAAUGGUAAAGUGUGAUUAUUCCAGUUUUGGAAGGUGUAAGUUACAUUGAUAAAUAUUUUAUGUUUUUAAAUUAAUUUAACUUUUGUAGUGUAUACUUGAAGUGCAAAGGUUUUUUUUUAUUUAUCUGUGUUGCAGUGUAGUAACAGAAUGUAUGUAUUAUGUUACAGUGUAAUAACAUGACUUGUAUUGUGUAAAUGUGUAAUAACAGGAUAUAUGUAUUAUGUUACAGUGUAAUAAGAUAAAGAUAUAUGUAUGAUGUUACACCAUUAUAAGAUAAUGUUUUGUAUUAUGCACCGGUGUAAUAACAUUAUGAUUACACAUCAUGUUUUAGGCUUCAGCUGGACUGUUCUUAUGAGAAUUGAUUUGUAUAAUACUUGUUUUGAAUAUUGUUAUAUGUUUGAUAAUUGUGAAUUUACUGAAUGUGUGGGACACAGUACAUGUACGGCUGUUGUAUUUUCUUAUUAUUUUAAUGAAUAUUUCUAAUACGCCAGUUAGACAACACUGGUGAACAUUUUAGGUAAAUAGUUACAAGUUUGUGUUUUAAGAAAUAAAGAUUACUUAAAGCUUUUCUUGACUGCCACAACUUGUCAUAGUACAUUUUGUAUUUCAUAUUAAAGGUCUGUUUCCACACCCAUUUAGCUCAAUAUUUCAUUCUAUGGGUCAAGCUUUCAUUGGCUUUUACCUGGAAAUGCAGUAACAUGAUAGUUUCAAAAAGUCAUUUUGUCAUUGUAGAUUGCCCGGUGUUUCAUAUCAGAAAUUUUGUUGGAUGUGAGGAAGUUGUACAUUACAUGUAUUUAAAGAAAUCGUGCGUUUUCCCAUUGUUUUUUUUUUAUUUGGGUAUACAUGCAAAGUUAAAAAAAAAAAACUGACUUGCUGAUAAAGAAUGAAUAGAAAUCUAAAAAGAAAAAGCUGUAAUCUUAAGAAAUCCACCAAAAAGCAUUUAGAGAAAAAAUGGUCGGUAUUGUUAAACUACAAUCACAAUCUAGUAUGACUUAAGCUAUUAUUGUGCUUUUCCUUUUAACAUUCUGCUUUUAAUGUAUACUUUAUAUAUAUUGCCAGAUGGCCAUAUCCAGCUGUGUAUUCACUUGUGGCAAGGUAUACAUUCAACUCCAUUUAAAUAUCUUCAAACAUUUUGCCCUGGCUUGCUGUUGAGGUAAAACAGGCUCUUGAAAUAUUCUGCCUGUUCUAUUUUUGUCAAGGCAACAAACAUCUUAAUAGAAGAUGAAAUUACUCAAGGUCCUAUUUAAACAUAAAAAGUUCUCAAAGUUUCAGCUUAUGAAGAUAUAUUAAAGGUAAAUUGAAGAUUUUGUGUAUUUUGUCUCAGUCAGUGUUCUUACUGUAUUGGUGAAUAUGCGCAUUAUGCUGCCAGUUAUGAGCGAUGCUCUCUUAUAUUCAAGGAGAUAUUCUUACAUCAUAAUUCUUCAGCAUUAUGCCUUUGCAUUAAAACUAUGUUUGAAUUGAUUUUACUUAUUGAUCUUGCCUAAAAUUGAAUCCCUAGUUACAUAGAGGAUUCUUGCCUAAAUUUAUCUUUAGUCUCAACUGUGGUUCCAAGGCUAUAAAUAUUUUGAAGAUCAGUCUCAAAAUGAAAACAUCUGAUUGGUUAAUUUUAAGGUUUUGCUGAGAAACAACCAAUCAGAUGCUUGAAUGUAUAGACUGGUGUCCAAACUCAAGAUUUGUCACCUUGUUACAGUUGUUGUGCCAUAUUGUUUAGGUAAUAGUAUGCACCUUUGGUUUUAGUGGACAAGUACUUAUGUUUAAUACAUGUACCUUUAACUGUGUAUAAGAUCACAUGUUUAUAAUAUUAUCUUCUGUAUUCUUAUGUAAAACAAUGAAGAGUAACUAUGUAAUGUCUAGUUUUAUCAUGUUGGCAAUAAAUUUUGUUAACAGGUU